AUGAUGGGCGAUAAUAUUGCUGAUGUUGGCCCCCCUGACGAAACUCAGUUGAAUAGCAACGCCACUAAUACUAAUACUACUAGCGACGACAGCAAGCCGUUCAUGGAUAUCAACGAUUCUAACCCAUUAUCCUCUAUAAGUCAUGAAGUCUCCCAUUUGAAGACCCAAUACAAUCAAAUCGAGUCCUUGCUACUAUCCAAGGAUACCUCCUGGACCUCCUCCUUGCAAGAUCUAAUCACUACUUUGAAGAAAAUCUCUCAUAAUCAAUCUGUCCUGGAAAAUAAACUGGAAGAUGCCAUGAAGAAUCAAAUGAAUACAGAUCUAUUGGUCAACUCUAUCAACGAAAGAUUGAACAACAUUAAGAAAACUUUGAUCCCCAUCUCCGGUGCAUCCGUAUCUUCAUCCGCCUCAGUCAACAAUUCUUCACAUAAUAACACUGGUCGUCGUGGUCCAGGUAGACCAAGAAAGGAUGCUGCUAAGAGAAUAGAAGAUUCAUUGGAAAAUAAUUCUCAAGUCACUUUACCCACGGGCAACGUGAAAACCUCGAAAUCUAAACGUUAUUUCAUUGAUCCAACGUCAAAGGAACAAGAAGACGUGAAACCAAGUGUUACACCAAAGACAACGACUCCUGCAGCCCCCGCAGUACCUAAACCUAAGAAAAGAAGAGGUAGACCUCCAAAGCAAAGAACUGUAGAGACUGUCAUAAUUAGUCAAGAAUUGCCUCCCGAAGAAACAGACAUUGAUAUUAACACUUCUCACACAGGUAAUGUUACUUCUCCCAAUGCUACAGAUUUAAAUAAUACUUCUCGUGGAACUGAAUUGGAAAAUAUUGAAGAGGAUAAUACUCAUGAUAAUGCUAAUGCUGAUCAUACUGAUAGUGCUGCUGAUAAGGAACAAGAUGGGGAAGCAAACCAUGAGGUGAGUAUUACUGAUACUACUUCCGUUUCCAAGGAUGAAGCACAAAGAAAUACACCCACGACAGCAUCAUCGUCAUCCGCAUUAGCCAUUAGUGCAGAAAUGAAUAGACAACAAAAGGAAUUAGACAAGCGAAGAGAUGAUCGUGAAAAGAUGUUAGUCAAUUUGAAAUAUAAUGAUAGAAAUAGAGCCAAAAGUUUUAUGGAAUCUAACAAGAAAUUGUUACAAGCCAUGAAAGAUGAAGAAAGAAGAAAGAGAAUGACCGCUAUAAUGACUGAACCUGUAAAUGUAGUUAAAACCAAACCGCUAAGAAUUAUACCAACUUUCCCACCAUAUCCAACAAAUAUGUCGCCAUCGCAAUUAUCUCAAAUGAAUGAUCCCAUGACAAAUCAAGCUCAUGCUCUAUUAGACGAUAAUGCAUUUAGUAGUUUUGCCCAGGCAAAUGGUCAACAUGUUAAUAUGAUGAAUAUAAGUUCCAAUGAACAUGAUGCUGUGGCUGCUGCCGCGGCAGCAGAUUUACACACAAAUCAACAAAUUGAUGCAGCAUUGGCUGAAUUUACCAAGAAUACAACAUUUGAUAAUAGCAGUGCGGUAAGCAGCAAGGGAACAACUCUAGAUACUCUAUCACAAGCUGAUAUGACUAAUGCUAUCAUUUCAAACAUGCAAGACAAAAAAAUGGAGGAAAGUAUCAUUCCAUCAUCCAGCAUGGGAGAUUCAGCAAGUCCUUCUUCUUCUGCUGCUCAUCCUUCAUCUUCUAUUACUAAUGCUGCUACUACCAUUAAAUUACCAGGACCAGCCGAUAUUGCCAAUAAUAUAGAUCUUUAUCGUCAACAUCAAGAUCAACAACAAUUAUUAUUACAGCAUCAGCAACAACAGCAGCAACAACAACAACAGCAGCAGCAGCAACCACAACAACCACACGAUCAACAGAUGCAAGAGAAGAAAAGAUCAAGAACAUUAGAUGAUAUGGGACUUGUGGAAGAUGAAUUGGAAGAUGAUGAUGAAUCCGGUUUCAUUCACAAUUCACAAAUGGAAUUGGCUACUUUACGCAAUGAAAAUGAUAGUCCGCCUAUGAAAAAAAAAAAGAGAACACUGGCACCUACCGCUGCAGCACAAUACUUAAAUGAAAGGGAUACUCAGACUGCAUUGUUAGUGGCAUCCCCCAUUGAAUUGAUCUGCAGAGAUGGGUUCUUCUAUAGGAUCAAUAAUCCAGAAGUACCAAUCACCACGGGCACAUAUUUGGAAUUUAAAUUCAAACAUAAAGAAGAAGAAUUAAUGAAAGUGAGUCCAUGGGCACAUGAUCCACUAAAGAGAAGAUAUGAAAGAACGAACGCUUAUUUCUUAAAACUUGAAAUUGAUUAUGAAAACGAAUUUGCCUUCAAUAUCUUGUGUAAUACGACAUUGACUGAAAAAUACGUGAAUUCAUUAGAAUAUUUCCUUAUGGAAUUUAGAUGGGAGAAUAAAUUAAUUGCUCUUGGUUUGAAAUUGAAAGAAUCUAAGAGAACUUGGCAAAGAAGGAAAGCAUUAUAUGCUCUAUUUGAAUUUUGGAGAGACCAAUCUAGAGAAAAGAGAAAUUUCCCCAAUUUUACCAUUUUACAUGCCGUCAAGGAGAUGGAAAAUUACAGGAUCUUCAUUAACAGAUCAGUUUCUUGGUUUUACAACCAUAUUACUCUAUUGAAGAUGAUUCUUUACGAUCUUUGUGACAACGUAGAGACCCAAUGGAGAGAAUGGAUGUUCCCCAGGGAUAAACCUUUACCCAUGGUUGGAGAAAAUGGUGUCACUGAAGAGAACAUAAACGAGGCUAUAGAUAACGACCUAGUGUUUGACUUCCUGGACGAUGGGAGCGAGAACAACCAAGUCAAGUCUUCCAGGGUCAUUCCCCCGGCACCUAUUGCUGCACGGAUCACAGAGGGUGAUAGUGGCAACAGCAACAGCAACAGCAACAGCCACAACGACCCUAACACGAGCAACAUGAUGAUGAACACGGAGGAGAGCGGCUCUGAUCUGAAAUAUGAUGUGGAGAAAUGA